AUGCAUUUGAAAUUACCCGCAGCAGUUAAGGGUAAGACAACGUUAGAUCGUGAGCAGUUCCAACAAACGAUCAAUGUACCCUACGUUAACGUUCCUGUGGAAUGUAUUCAAACGUCAAAAUGGAAAAAUGCUCUAUUGACAUUACCAUCAAUGAAGAAUGUUCGAGAUCUGCAACCAGUAUCGAAAACCCAUAAACAAGUCCUGUUAGAUCCGGAUGUUAUUGUGACGAAAGAGGAUGCGAUUAAGAUGAUGCCAUCCAUUGCAAAAUACAUCGAAGAAUCAUUCGAUUUCAUGGACUUAGGAAUCAAAUAUGAGAAUUAUUCUAUAGAGCAAGUGAUCAAAGCAAUCCUACCGGAUGAUUUAGGAAAAGAUGGACCGAUUAAUACCGGCUCUGGAUAUAGUCUCAUCGGACAUAUAGCUCAUUUCAAUUUGAAAGAUGCUGUUCUACCAUACAAACAUGUUAUCGCGCAAGUAGUUCUCGAUAAACUUGUUAAUGUUAAAACCGUGGUGAAUAAACUGCACGAAAUCGAUUCUGUUCAUCGAAAUUUUGAUUUGGAGAUCCUUGCCGGUGAACAAAACACGAUUGUCAAGUGUCGCGAAAGUAAAGCAACGUUCCAAUUCGAUUUUUCCAAAGUUUAUUGGAAUCCUCGAUUAAGCACCGAACGCGAACGUAUCGUCAAAAUUCUUCAUCAUAAUGAUCUGGUUUUUGAUGUUUUUGCUGGUGUUGGGCCAUUCGUUGUUCCUGCUCUAAUGCUUGGUUGUAAUGUUUAUGCUAAUGAUCUCAAUCCGGAAUCUGUCAAAUGGAUGACAAUUAACUUAAAAACAAAUCAAUCAAAGAAAUCUUCCAAUCAAUAUCAUGUAUUCAAUUUAGAUGGCCGAGAAUUUCUUCGCACGAUUGUCUUUCCUCGCAUUGAAUCUUAUCAGAAAGAGAUUCUCGACGACAAAGAAAAACGUUGGUGCCUAUCGGACAAUAAAAUUGUGAUUCUCAUGAAUCUACCAGACAUCGCUCUGUCAUUCUUGGAUGUUUUCCCUGAAUGGCUAGAGAAGGAUUGUGAAGAAAGACAACAAUGGAUCUUACCGAUUCAUAUUCACUGUUAUACAUUUUCAAAAGCUGAAAAUACCGACGAAGAUAUUCAUUUACGAUUGAAGACUUUCAUGCCGAACAUCAGUGAUCAACAAAUAUCAUGUCGAUUCGUUCGGCAAGUCGCACCGAAGAAAGAUAUGAUGUGUGCGAAGAUUGUUCUUUACGAAAAAAAACACAAUGAUGAAGAUCAUCCAUCGAAGCGUUUUAAAAACGAUUCUUCCGAGUGA